GUUUGGUAACUUAUUCAAGAUGGCCCUCGUCUGUGUUUUUUUGUUUUGCGCACGGUUUCACUUCGUUUAAUCAAAUGUUGCGCAAAUAUUUAACCGUUUUUGACCGUUUUCCACGAUUCUAGCGAUAGCACUCGGGUUUACGGAGGAUCAGGGUGAGAGUUGACCGGUUCAUGAGCUACAUAUUCGGCUGUCAACCGCGUCGCGGUGGUGUUUUACAGUUUACGGGAAGACUCCAUUAACCGUGAGCCACCGGUGUACGGUUGUCGCUACUGUGCGGGGCUCCGCUGCUGAGAACACCCCCGAGUUGAGUGAUUGUUCUGCGGCAACAGGCAGCUGCUUCCCCGGGCCUGUCGCGGAGAGACUGUGGUGUUAGCACCCGGAGCCUCUUCUCAGCCGGUCCACCAUGAUGUCCAUGACGUUUGGCUUUUCCAGCAGCGUGAUGCUGCUCUUUGACUUCUGGGAUGUGAACGGACCUGUAGGAAUGGUGCUCUCAGUGCUGGUGGUCACGCUGCUGACCGUGUUCUACGAGGUUCUGAAGGUUUGGAGGGUUUGGUUGAGCAGUAAAUCUAAACUGGCUCGGCCCGGCACCGCGGCUGAGCCGUGUCACAGCGACAGCAGCUCCGCCCUGGCCAGAAGCCAAUCAGAAUCCUCCGUGGUGACCACAGAGACUCACACUCCAGACCCAAACUCCAGGAAACGUUUCCUUCUGCUCCACGGUGUCCAGGCCGUCCUCCACGUGCUGCAGGUGACGCUGGGCUACAUGCUGAUGCUGUGCGUCAUGUCGUACAACGCGUGGAUCUUCCUGGGCGUCAUCGUGGGCUCCGCGCUCGGUUACUACAUCUCGUUCCCUCUGGUGGGUGCGGUCUGACUGAUGGACUGAAGGGUACGGAUGGUUCACACACGCUGGAAUAAUAAAACAAACACUCCCUCUGCUGCUCUCGGCACAGAAUCGGUCCGAUUUUAACACUGGAGGAUAACGGGGGGGGAACCGGGAACCCUGCAACGCUAAAAUAUUUUGUAUCAGUCGUUCCUGGAUGUUGAAUCUGAAA